AUGGGAAAUCCAUCCAUUCCAUGGGGGCUUGCCAACUUUCCAUCCCAUACACACCAUCACCUACAGAAACAGAGUAUCAGAGAUGGCUACCAUGACCAUGAGGGCAGCCUCACCCCUAAGCAGUGCAACCCCCAGUCCAAGCAACAUCCCUCCACCACGACCACUGCACGUCGAGGGCUCCUCAUGGCCAAGACCUCAAGACAAGAACCAAGUCUAAAUUUGAAGAACAGCAGCAAGGAAGACAGAAGAAAUGGGAGGAGGGAUUUUGUUUUUGCUGCAACAGCUCCUGCUGCCUGCACUGUAGCGAAGAUAGCAAUGGCGGAUGAUCCAAAGGUAGGUACCCCGGAAGCCAAGAAGCAUGCUGCUGUCUGUGUUACCAUGCCUACUGCUCGUAUUUAUCACAAGUGA